AUGAACCUGCACCACAGGAGCCGAGAACUGGAGGUGGGCGAACUGGUCCGACUCUACAGCCCGCAGCGGAGGAAGGGGUGCUGCGCGAAACUGGACAGCCGCUGGGUGAUUGAGAAAAAGAUCAUAGCAUUUGUGAAGAAUGAACUGCAAAGAUUUAAGAGGAUUCUUAGUCCAGAUAACCAAGAAAACUUAAAGAGAAAAGAUGAGGAUGAGACUGAUGCCAGAGAAGGUGCUCUCAAGAUGGCACUACACUUCCUAUGGGAGAUGGAGAGGACAGAUCUUGCUGACAAACUGAAAGAACAUGAGCUGGAUGUACUUUGUCGGGCUGAAUUGAAAAUACAUCUCAAGAACAAGUACCAGAGUGUGUUUGAAGGAAUCCCAAUGCAAGGAAACUCUGCCCUGCUCGACAAGAUCUACACAGAGGUCUAUAUCACAGAGGGAGGAAGUGGAAAAGUAAAUGAGGAGCAUGAAGUCAGGCAGAUCGAGUCCCUAUCCAAAAGACCAGUUGGAAGGGAGAAACAAAUCAAAUGCAGUGACAUCUUCAGGCCCUUACCUGGUCAGGACAAACCAAGCAGAAGAGUUAUGACAAAGGGGGUUGCUGGCAUUGGUAAAACCAUCUCGAUUCAGAAGUUUAUCCUGGACUGGGCUGAGGGAAAAGACAACAAAGACAUCCAUUUUAUAUUCCCAUUGCCUUUUAGGGAGCUCAACCUCAUGAGGGGCACACAGCUCUCUUUGAUGGGUCUCCUUCACCACUUCUUUCCAGAGCUGAAGCAGUUAACCUGUGAUGGUCAAGAGAAGUAUAAAUUAUUGUUCAUCUUUGAUGGUCUGGAUGAAUGUCGACUCCAACUAAACUUUCAGAAGAAUGAAAGUUGGACUGAUGUGACGGAUGUCACUUCAUUGGAUGUACUCCUGACAAAUCUCAUAAAGGGAAAUCUGCUUCCCUCUGCUCUACUUUGGAUCACCUCCCGACCAGCAGCGGCCAGUCAGAUUCCACCUGAUUGUGUUGACCUUGUCACAGAGAUCCAGGGCUUCAAUGACGCACAGAAGGAGGACUACUUCAGGAACAGGUUCAAUGAUGAGAGCUUUGCAAGCAGAAUAAUGUCCCACAUUAAAUCAUCAAGAAGUCUCCACAUCAUGUGCCACAUACCUGUGUUUUGCUGGAUCACUGCUUGUGUUCUUGCGGUGAUUCUUGGCUCUACAGGAGGACGGCAGCUUCCAAAAACGUUGACAGAGAUGUACACAUAUUUCCUGAUCUUCCAAACAAAACAGGCCAGUCAAAAGUUUGAUAAUGUGCAUGAACUUGAACCACAAUGGAACAGGAAUCUUAUCCUUGCUCUUGGAAAGCUAGCCUAUGAACAGUUGGAGAAGGGAAAUCUGAUCUUCUAUGAAGAGGACCUGGAACAAUGUGGAAUUGAUAUCAAAGAAGCAGCUGUGCACUCUGGUGUCUGCACCCAAAUCUUCCGACAGGAAUCUGGAAUUUUUCAAGCAACAGUGUUCUGCUUUAUCCACCUGAGUAUCCAGGAGUACCUUGCAGCGCUGUAUGUGUUUCUGAUGAUGGCAACUGAAAGGAAAAAUGUGAUCUCCACUCACAAACUCGAACAAUCCAUGACUAUUUUACACAAGAGUGCUGUGGUCAAAGCACUGGAGUAUAAAGAUGGGCGCUUUGACCUCUUCCUCCGGUUCCUUCUUGGUCUUUCUCUGGAGUCAAACCAGACUCUCCUGCAUGGCCUUCUGAAGAGAGGAGAGAGACAUAUUGGCAAUGCUGAAACAAUCAGUUACAUUAAGGAGAAGAUCAGGGACAUCCCUUCAUCAGAGAGAGUGAUCAAUCUUUUCCACUGCCUGAAUGAACUGAACGACCACUCUUUAGUGGAGGAGAUCCAGAGCUUCCUGAGUGCAGGGACACUUUCUGAAGCCCAGCUCUCACCUGGCCAGUGGGCAGCUCUAGUGUUUGUGCUGCUGACGUCAGACCAGAAGCUGGAUGUGUUUGACCUGAAGAAGUACAUCAGGUCUGAUGAAGGUCUCCGGAGGCUGAAGCCAGUAGUGAGGGAAUCCGAAGCAAUUCUGCUUGAUAGCUGUGGGCUCAGUGAAAUGAGCUGUAAAACAAUGGCAUCUGUCCUCUGCAAAGCAUCUAAAGUGAAGAAACUGGAUCUCAGCCACAACCGUAUUGGAGAUAUUGGAAUUGAAAAAGUUUGUGGUGGGCUGAAGAACUCAAACUGUGCAUUGAAGUCACUCCAGCUGGAGGACUGUGGUGUAACAGGCAAAGGAUAUGCUGCUCUCGCCUCAGCUCUCAAAUCAAACCCUUCACACCUGGAGGAGCUGGACCUGAGAGGAAACGACCCUGGAAAAUCUGGAGUAAAGCUCCUUUUGGAAUUACAGCAGGAUCCUGCCCAUAAACUUCAGAAACUGAGGUUGUUGAAGAGCGAUGCUGCUGAACAGGCCUGUGCCUAUCUGACUUCAGUUCUACAUGAAAACCCUUUACUGCUGACAGAGAUGGAUCUGAAUGGAAAGAUACCAGGAGACUCAGGAGUGAAGCAGUUCUGCGCUCUACUGGAGGACUCAAACUGCAGAAUGAAGACACUCAAGUUAGUUAUUAGAGUUUGA